AUGUUACUUCUUCUCAGUCUUGACGUAUCUACGAACAACUUUUCAGGAAAAAUUCCUCAAGAAUUUGCAAAACUCUUAGCGCUGGAAGUAUUCGACAUCUCACUAAAUCCCAACAUGCACGAAUCCAACGAGGAAAGAGGAGCUCUACCCUACUUCGUGACGGUUGAUUUUAAAACUUUGACGCAGAGAAAUCCAGAUGAUAAAUUCAGGUGUCCCAAUGCUCGACUCAGUUACAACCAAGGACUUGUCGUGUUAGACCCAAAUUACUAUUUUUACCGUCUGUGCCUUUGUAAUAUUGGAUACUAUGGCUCAGGAAGAACCUGUUUUCCUUGUAUGGAAGGGGGAGUGUGUCACGAUCAAAUGCUUCCUACGCAGUUGAUGAUCAUUAAAGAGGGAUAUUGGCCUUCAUCACUUCAUAAAAACGUGACCCGCCUAGUAAGAUGUUCGCAAGCUUUGGGCACCAGUCCCCACGUACAUACAUCAUGCAAUCCAAAUGGCUCUUGUGAGUGUGGUAUUGAUCCUGAUUGGCUUAAGGAGACAAAUGGAGUAAUUGAUAGACCAUUCGUUACCUGUAACAAGUCGUGCCUUUGUCAGAAAGGUAGUCGAGAUAGGUUUUGCUCCCUUUGUGAACAUGGUUAUUACAAACAAGGAAUACUUUGCCACGCCUGUCAUAAAAGUAAAGCCAGUGUGUACAUUAUAGCCGUACUUCUGAUUCUUUCCAUCGUACUUAUUACUCUUGGGUUUUUCUUUCACAAGAAGAAGAGAUUUCUUUCUGUUAUUUUUGUCUUUUCUCAAAUCAUCAUUUUAACCGUUUUGGCGAUGCUUCAAAUCAUUCCAGCCUGGUUCCUUGAACUCAACGUUGUUGCUCUUUUCAUCGGUUUAGCUGGAAGAGGAAAGGGUGCAAGAGGAAUCAUGAAGACAAGCGUAUUUUAUUUCCAAACUUUUGAUGCCUUAUUGUCCAACACGGACGUUUGGCCGGUUGAGGUUUUGGAGACGCAGAGAUACAUUGGAAAUGUUUUCAACUUUCGUUUCUCUGGCCUGGCUUGUGAGUUUCCGAGCUUGUUUACACCCCUCGGCGAGCUCGCAUCUCUUUUAAUUCUUCCUCUGAUCUGCAUCUUGCUUGUCUGGUUCUACUUCACCUUUGGUUACCUCGUCUUUAAAAUUUUUGAAUAUCCCGAUUUAAAAGAAAGACGAUUUCGACUUCGAAAUACCUGUUUACAACUCUCGGUCAUGACUCUUAACUUUACGUACUUUCCCAUCGUGAAAAAGACAGCGUCUACCCUAACACAUUGUGGUGAGGAUAAUGGCCAGCAUUACUUGAGGGAGGCCCCAUGGAUGGAAUGUGAAGGUUAUGACUACACCAUCUUACAGGUGUUAGGCUGGCUUGCCCUGCCACUUUAUGUGAUCGGUGUGCCUUUUGGAUUGUUCCUUCCUCUCCUGCACUUCAAUAAGGUGGCCAGAAGACAUGAAAUGCCCCAGCAAGACCAAGAAUCUUUGGACAGCUGGCUCGGUUCUAUCUACUUGCCAUACAAGGAAGAAUUCCGUUCCUAUUUUGAGAUCAUCUUUCUUCUGAGGCGGAUGCUGAUCGCUUUCGCGUUGUCUCUCAUCAAUCGUGCAUCGUCGUUUCAGACGAUAGCUGUUUGCUUUGUUUUGCUGGUGGCUUUGUGCUUUCAGUUGUUCUUCAGGCCGUUUAACGACUCUUACCAAAAGUUUCCAUUGGAAAACACAGCAGAGACCUUGGUUCUUCUGACUCUUCAUUUCUCUUUCAUGAACGUAAGGUACGCAGCUCUGAACCCUGACUCAUCCUUACCCAUCAUUUGGAUGAUUGCGUUGGUGAACGUGGUUCUACUUUGUGGAAUGGUUGUUUCGAUAAUUUUUUUAUUGAAAAAGGCGGAUGAAAUAGUUCAUGAAGCAAGAGGACACGAAGAACACGUACCAGUCCUAGGAGACGGCGCUGGAGAAUAA